UUGGGUUAGCCAUUGAACAGGUUACACGAAGAAUAAGGAAAAGCUUUACAAAUGAUUAAGCAAACGAACAGCUUGUCCGGUCCCUGAAAAAAAAUCGAAGACAGACAACCAAUCAAUGUCUUUGCCAAAUCAUGGCACAGAUAAAAAUCAUAAUUUGAAACUGUCAGUUAUCUGUCAAUUUCGCAUCAAACAAUGAAACUGGGUGUUGUUUAGUUUUUCUCGAAAAUUGUGAAUAAAUAUUAUUAAUCAAGGAUAAAAGACAAAUUUAUUAUUGCCAUGAUGAUGAGUACAUUAGAUAAACAGUUAGCCGAUCUCCGGAUAUAUGCAAAUGAAUUAGAUGCGAAACUACAAGAUGAUAUCAAUGCGGCUAAGAAGAAACCUGCGAUACCACCGAAAAAAAGUAAGGCGCCCUUGCCGCAAAUACCUCAAAGUUGCAUGGUGAAGUCUGCCUGCGAGCCGUCCUACUCCUCCAGACUAGAGUACGGCAGCCGCACAAGCUCGACGUACUCCAAUUUGGUGCCAGUGAAGAGUUGUAUCGUGAGGAAUUCGGCUCGUGGAAGAAGCGGGGACGUUCUCCUGUACAGCAAUUUAUUGCCUCCAGGAGGAACGAAUCAUGUAUAUUCUAACAUUCCUAUGCAGCGAAAUAUGGCUGAGAGCAUCUAUGGAGACAGAGAUGCCAGAUCUGAGGUGUCAAGGAUCAGUGACAUGGGAGCACAGUCAAACUAUAGUGAAUUGAGGAGGCCUGGGUCUGCCUAUCCUCCUUCAUCAGCUUCUGUAAACGCCCAAGACUUCUCAACCUAUGGUGGAUCACAGACAUCAUCUACUUAUGAGUCCCUAUAUGAGCCAAUAAACCCUAGGCCAUGUAGCCAACUGUCAGGUACAUCACUGUAUGGUGGUUAUGUUGGUACUACUGUAGAACCGACCCCGGAGCCAGAAGAUGAGCUAUACUGUGGAAAUUGCUACAGAUGUGGGGAGAAGAUCAUGGGAGAGACCACUGGAUGUACUGCCAUGGAGAGGAUUUACCACAUUAAGUGUUUCUGUUGCCAACAUUGUGGGAUUAACUUGCAGGGCCGUCCGUUCUACGCAGUACAGGGCAAGGCACUCUGUGAACGUGACUAUCUUGACACAUUAGAGAAAUGCUGUGUGUGCGGUGAUCCUAUCCUGGACAGGAUCUUGAGAGCGACCGGGAAGCCCUACCAUCCUCGGUGCUUCACAUGUGUUGUCUGCCAGAAGAGCCUUGACGGCAUCCCAUUUACAGUUGAUGCUGUGAACCGUAUUCACUGUAUUGAAGAUUUUCAUAAAAGGUACGCCCCCCGCUGCGCCGCGUGCCGCGAGCCCAUAGUGCCCGAGGGCGGCCAGGAGGAGACUGUCCGCAUCGUGGCGCUGGACAGGAGCUUCCACAUCGCGUGCUACGCCUGCGAGGACUGCGGCGCCUCGCUGUGCUCGCGUCUGGAGGGCCGCGGCUGCUACCCGCUCGACGACCACCUCUACUGCCGCGAGUGCAACGCUAGGAGGAUACAGGAUUUGUCCAGGAAUAUAAACUAAACAAUCGUAAGUCAUGUCAGAUGCCUUAAGGCGACUUGAAUAAAUUCUGACACCAGUGUUAACAAUAAUACACUCGAUAAGAAAGAAAUAAUGCAAGAUGGUUUUUCAAGUAGGGAUGCCGAUGACCGUGAUAUUGUGCUUCGUGCUUUUUUACUAAUUUUUUUAAUUAAUUUAAUAACUACCAUCGGCAUUUGUUUUAAACUUUCAAAGGAGUCUUAAUUUCUCUUUACUAACUUUAAAUGUGGUGGCAUGUGGAAGUACUUAUUUCUCGCAUGGACACUAUUUCACUCCGUUUUUUGUUUAUUUCUAUAAGACUGAUUUUUCUACAUUUAUAGAAACCACACUAAUGGCACAGUAAUAAUAAAAUCUAUGUGCAGUGGUGGUAACCAUGUUAACAGUUCGACUUAUAUAAUUUUUAGAAAUUUACCUCAUAUGCGAAUAUUGUGUAUAUGUCGCAGCCAUCUGGUUAAAUCAGCCAUUUAAUUGGAAGGCUAGCCCAUUCAUUAAACGCGGCAUAAACAACGCCAGAUGUUUGUGAUAUUAUGUAUUCAUUAAUCAUCUUUGUCGUAUGAACUUUUCGUCACAUAUAUGCGUAGAUAUUAUUCAACGAAUGACGAUUCAAAAUGAAAAAAAAAAGAUCGCUACCUAUGAUUAGAUUGAAGUUUAUUCGAGUCCAUACUCAAUAGUAAUUAUAUGAUAUAUUCCUUGAGUAAUAAAAUAUAAUUUGUCUUUAGGCCUAAAAGUUGUCAGCCUAUUUUUAACCCUUUUUAGGACACAACGUCUACCAACUUUAUAACAAGUAAAAAUUUUUGUGUCUCUUGGGUGUCCUUGAAAGGAUUAAUAUUACAUUUUCAAUUAAAUCUAUGUACAUAAUUGUAGUAAAGCACAUUAUCUUAUCGCAUUAUAGUCCGUAGCUCUGCCUGAUUAGUCAUAGUAACUGCAAGCUAUGGACACGACAAUGCCCCAUUUGUCUUGGUACUGACUGACUAUACCGACCCAUGUUCCACUGAACAUAGUAGAGACGUACUACUAGAGACGUAGCUUGAAGUGGGCCCCAACCUGGUCAAAUUAAUUUAAUUGAAAUGAUGAAACGACCAGUGGACGACGAAAAUAAAAGGCUGUUCAUUGUGAACGUAGUGAAAAAAGUCUUGAGGGCCCACUGGAUUUGGGUCUAGCCCUACCAGUUCCACUUAAAAUUUUAACGGAAGGCCUAGUAUUCGGAAUAGAGGAAUACUAGUCACUACACCCAUGCAGUGGAGCCCCAGACCUUUUCCGCAACUCAUGUCCACGAUUUUUGAAACUAUGUGUCAACAAUUGAUCCAUCAUAUAAAUAACAUAAAUUAGAUAUUGUAUAGUAAUUAGUACUUGUCUCACGAAGAUAGUUACGUAUAACGUUUCGUACACGUUAUAAAAGUGCAAAAUAUAUCUUAGGAUAACAUUUACGUACAGUCAACCACACCUCCUUAUAAAUUCAUUGCGAAUUUGCCACAUUAAUCAAUAUUCAUUACAAGAUGCAGAAUAUGUAAUACAUUAUAUAACUAGGUACAUUACUAUUAUUAUACAUUUCCACAUCUUGUAAAGCGCGUAUUUAUAGUUGAUAAAAAUAAAUAUACAUUCCUAAACGCAUUUAAGUAAGAAAGGCUGUGUAGAACUGAUAUAACGACGGUUUACAGUAUUAUUUCUGUAUAGGAUUUUUUUAUGUGAUUGUAUUUUUAAGUAUUGUAAGAUUUAGGUUGUAUAUGACACUAAGCUCUAUUUAGUUUUUAAUUUUUUGAAUUUUUAGUUUUGGUAGUAAAUACUUUGGACUUAUUGAGUUUAUACAUUUUUGUAUUAGUAAGUUUUUAAUAAAUAGUGCCAUGUUAUGUUACAUUUGUAUAAAUAAACAGGAUCUAUUAUUUGGGUUGUGUUAAGUUUACUGCUCAUUUUAUACAUUUUUUACAAUUUAUAGAAUAAUGACAACACGUACUUAAUGUUAUAAGAUGUAUUAGUAUUAAGAUUGAAAGUUUAUUCAAAAUAUAGGCAUCCUAGUCGUUACAGUGUGUAAUGCUGCUGGUAUGUUGUACUAUGUGUAUUGUAUUGAUGUUAUGUAUUUGGAAAUUCAAAAUAAAUAGGUGAAAAUA